AUGUUCAACCACAUCGUGAAGAUCGCCUCCGGGGUGGGCCGGGCCGUCACUGACAAGCCGAGCGGUUCGCUCCCCGCCACGCCGUACAAGUCUUCGAUAGGCGAAAGGCGGUUUCGAUUGUGCAAGAUCCAGAAAGACCCCUCGGAGAGAGGCGGGUUCUCCCUCGCUGUUCGCGAGUUCGACUUGGACUCGCCUCCAACGUACUGCGCUGUGUCCUAUACGUGGGCAUCGGCCGACUUGGACAAUCUGGGGACGGAUAGACCCGGCGCUGAAGAGCGCAUAAUUCCCAUUCUGGUUAACCAGAUUCGCGUCAGAAUCACCCAAAACCUUUUCGAUUUCCUCCAGCAAUGCGUGCAGUCGAAAUGGUUUCACGCUAGUCAUAAGCCUGAAAAAGGAGAGGUGGCCCACGAUGCCAGUCUCUUCGUUGUCGAUUAUUUAUGGAUCGAUGCCGUCUCCAUCAACCAGGAUAGCACGGAGGACAGGAUUCGGCAUAGGUCAAUCAUGGGAGAAAUUUAUUUGAAAUCUGCUCCAGUACCGAUAUGGUUGGGCAAAGAAGUCCCCAAUCCUUAUGUCAGAUGGGUGCUGGAAGAGUUUAUACCUGCCUUCAACAAGGCAUUCCCACAGCCUGGCAGUCUCAAAGGCAAGGACCCAAUGUGCACAGAUCCAGUAUUUACUGAACUUCUGGGGCAAGCUGCCUGUCGUCGAUGGCGCGAUGCCUGGAUUCCUUUCAUGGAAUUUCUAGGGAAGAAGCGUUGGUUUCGUCGGGGAUGGGCAGUCCAGGAAGUCAUUAUUCAGUCUCUUACGAAGAACGGCGAAUCCUUUCUUCUCUUUGGAUAUUACUCGGCUUCUUGGCUACACUUGAGGAUCUUCCUGUCACUUCUCCACUUGGAUGAUUGGAACCCAGCCCUAGUCUCUGAGCUCUAUAUACACGGUUUUACUAGUACAGCAAACCGCACGCGUGAUCUUUUUGGGUCCGUGGCCAACAUCACCGCAGUGCGAAAUAGCGUCCUCAGAUUCAGAAAGGCGGAGAGAGCAAGGAAGUCAUUUGAAAGACGGCCGAGUGUUAGUACCAAAGACUCAGUUGAGUUAGACCCAUACGACCAAACCGAGCAGCAAAGGGCCUAUACUGCUGCAUUCCGCGUUCUCCAGAUCAUGAUGAGUUUUAAAUUUUCCGACCACCGAGACAAUGUAUAUGUUUCAUUCGACAUUCUUAAUUUCCUGGCGGGCGACGGGCUACAACUUCAGCUCGAGACAGAUUACAACAGCUCAGUAGUGGAUGUUUACUCAAGCAUCUCCUGGCAUUUUCUCAGUCACAUGUCUUCUCUGGAGGUCCUCACGAGGGCCACUAAUACUUCUAUGCAGCCUCGUAUACCGGGACUUCCAUCCUGGGUUCCGGACUUCUCCAAGAGAAUCACCGCAAAUUUCUUCCAAACGGCCAGGACCAAAGCCGCUGUCAACAACCGAGGUCGUCUUCCUCGGUUUGAUGCAUCCAACAUGCCUCUCCGACGACCAAUACUACAGGGACCUACCCGCUUAUCUAUUGCUGGAACAAGGCUGGAUAAACUUUCAAAUUGCAGUCCUUGUUUAGCUAGGGCUAGUAAAGGAGGCUGGGAUUAUAGUUGGAUGAUCCGUGCCUGCAAGAGGCUCGGCUCAGCGUUGUACCAACCUACUGGCGAACCGAUUGACGAAGCCUUUACUCGAACGCUUCUAGUGGACUCGAUACCGAAGCUAUUCUCUUUGGAAAAAUGUUCCGAUGUGUUUCAGCGAUUUUGGCUGCACAUUUUUGUAACAACGUGCCGUUCGAAGCCGCCUCUACAAAAUACCAUCCUAGAAUCGCUUCGGAGUAUGGGCGAUCAAUUGCAGCUGGCAAAGUGGUUGCCAGACGCCGUAGCUUUCUCAAAUGCUAUCGAGAAACGUACAAAAAAGACCAGUGAAGCCAGCCUCGGUCAGCUUUUCGGUAUGGCGGACAGACUUUGGAGUGCCAGAGUAUGCUUCUGUACAAACAAUAACUACAUUGGUAUUGGUAACUUUAGAGCCGAGGUAGGCGAUGAGGUAUGGCUACUUGAAGGUGGGAGAACGCCCUUCAUUCUCCGGCGGCUGUCUAAAGAAAAUGAGUAUCAGCUCAUUGGAGAGGCCUACUUGCAUGGAUUCAUGUAUGGAGAAGGCAUGACGCAAGAAAGAAGAAGCAAUUUAGAGUCUGUAGUAAUAGCAUAA